AUGGAAAUAACAUGCGACAACUAUAAGUCCGUCUACAGAAACCUCGAAAAUGUGGUGAAAAACGCCAGCUUCGCGGCGCUCGACUUCGAGUUUGCCGGCCUCGUCCCAGAAGAUCAGAAUCAGAAAUGCUCACUCUUCGAUACCCCGGAAGAAAGGUACCGGAAGCACCGGCAAACCGUGCAGAACUUCCCGCCUCUCCAGAUGGGAAUAGCCUUUUUCACGCCACUGGAGAAUGAUACAAAAUACCAAGUGGAGGUCUACAACAUCUACCUCUUCAAGAGCCCCAUCUUCCGUCAAGAAUACCGAUUCUCCGCCGGCUCCUUCACGUUCCUGGAUUCGCAUGGAAUGGAUUUCAACAAGCUGAUCUACGAGGGCCUCUCAUUCAUGAACCUCGAGGAACAGGAGAAAGCCAUUCAGGCGCUGAUCUCGAAGGAGCCGGUGGUCGAUUCUGAAAUCUUCUCUGAUGACUUCAAAUCACUGUAUAUGCGCGUUGAAUACGAGAUCCAGAAAGAGCUGGCCCGACGGCGGCGGAAGAAGGCGGGGAGCGAAGGCGCGAAACAAAGCAUCUUUGACGCGAUCAUCGUGCUGCUUGGCGGGCAGAUCAGCAGUCUGCAAGAGAUUUUCUUCCUCUACAAGCUCUACUCCACGAUCCACGGCGUUCACCUGGAGAUCACUAGUGGAAUGCUGAUCUGCACGCCUUCAAACCAGAAAAAGUCUGAGCUGCAGAACAUCAAGGCGAAUUUGCUACAACGGGCUCGACGAGAGCUGGCCGGCGCCUCGGACAUUGUGAUGUCGCUGAUUGAGAAGAAGAUGCCCAUCGUCACGCACAAUGGCUUCUUCGACCUGCUCCACCUCUACCACUACUUUGUCUCUGACUUGCCAGAAGACUACGACGAGUUCAAGAAGCGCAUCACCACCGUUUUUCCGCACUUGAUCGACACGAAGCAUGUGGCUGAUGAGAAUGCGGCGCUGCUUUCUAUGCACGGCAUCCAGAGCUUCCGCAUCGAGCCGUUGAGCCAGCUGUUUGAGGGUGAACACCCUGGACGCUCUGGCCUCCCGCUCUACGAGUUCCCGAUCGGCUUCAACGUGUCUGGGCGAGAAUCGGCAAAAAAUCGAAGCAGGCAGACAGCCAACUUCCACAACGCGGCCUAUGACGCGCUCGUCACCGGGCAGGUGUUCGUCAAGCUGGCGCAUCUGAUCUCCCGGGACGACGUGCUCGACGGAGCCAUCCCUGCGCCAAUCCCGAUCCGUCGCAUCAUCUACACGCUACGGCCGUACUCGGGCAAGAUUCCGGUCAUCCAGCACUGUCUACCAUUUGUCAAUCUAUACGGCGCGGACCCACUCCCUCGCUACCCGGAUGAGGUCGUUCUUGAGGUGCUUCAAGAAAAAGAUCUGCUCCUCAUCCAGAAGGACGUCCGUUGUGUGUUUGGGAGAUGGCGCACCGAGAUGAAGGUCGACGGGACGACGGUACGGAUCGCUACGACAACCGACAACACGUACCGCUGGAUGACGGGACACUACCUGCGCAACGACUCGGUCCGCGUGCUCAGCGUCAGCGAUUCCGCAUCGACGACCUCACUGGCCGACUCCACCUACUCCUCCGUGUUCUCGGCUUCGUCGGCCGGGUCAACGCCGAAUCGGUUACGGUUACGCUCGCUGUCGGUCAGCUCAAACGACACGCAGGCUUCCGAGUCGUCCGAAUCUGUCGUCGCCACCCGGAAGCUCUCCAAGUGCAGCGUCGAUUCUGGGUUCAGCUCAAGCGGCGGAUCACAGCUCUUGAAUUGGGUCUACCGCGCUGGCGCCGUCCUCCUCUCGGCCGGCAUACCCACCGUCACCGCCGCGUCGAUGGCCGUU